AUGCAAGGUGUACUAUAUAGAUCUAGGAAGUAUAGAACUCUGUCACAAUCAGGAGAUAUUUAAAUACUCUCACAUCUUUGAGGAUAUACCUUGUCUAAUGGUCCCUGUACAUCUAGCUACUAUAUAUCCUGCUGGAGGACCAUGUUGGUCUGCUACUGCUAUUGAUAAACUAAAGGAUGCAGUUAUAGAACAUUAUUCCAUGUUUAAUGUACAGGUACUAGACCGGCCUGUAUCUGGAAGUGUAGCUGGGGUAUCGGUCAGUUCUGUUCCUGUUCAACUUAUUCACCGGGAUUACAAGCUUGAUAUCUUUGACAGUGAAGCUGAGCUGAAAGAGAAAACGUUUAACCUGGCAGAAUCACUGGUCUCAGAUGGUCUUGCUAUACGCUACAGUUCCCAAGAUAACAACAAAUCUAGAGACAAUUUUCUGCUCAGGUUACAGAACCUUAGAGAAAAGGAAAAGCAGUACUUUCAGUCUGUACACUACAGGAUGAAAAGCACCACGGUUUCCCUAUACAAGGUUCUGGAAAAUAAUUUUACCUGGAAGAAAGCUUCUCUGCCCCUCAGUUCCGAGUUCAAAUGCAUCCUGACAGGCUUGAAUAAGGAUGGACUUUAUCUCCAAAGCUUCGAGGAGCAAUCUCAUAAUAUGAGUUCAAUCAAUAGUGGACUUAAUCUAAGGUAUGGAUCAUCAAUACCACAGAAAUAUUAAAUAAUGAUCCUUGUUU